AUGUAUCAUGUGUGGUCUUCCAUUCCAACAAAUUCAUCCUCUCCAGCUCAGAAGAUAGGACUACGGGUAUGGGAUGCCGAGAAGAAGACUAAACUCAAUUGGAUUCGUUCCCCGAAUGGCGAAAAGUUAUGGAUUCUUGCAUCCCACCGGGAGGGGAACUAUUUCGCAGCUGGUAGCAACACUGGUUUGAUGAUGCGCAAAUUGAGGAAUGAACGUCCUGCUUUUGUUAAUCAUGGAUCAAGAGUUUUCGUGGCUCCAAACAUGUUUGCUGUACUUGAGAAAAAAAGAAGCAACCAAGUUGUGUUCAGGAAUUUAGAAGAUGAGGUUGUCAAAAAAUGUGCUCCUCCAAUCCAAGCCAAGGCCAUUUAUCCUUGCGCCACAGCAGCAGGCAAGGGAACACAAACACUGUUGUGCAGAUCAGAAGAUGGAGUUUUUAUGUCCCAUUACGAAAAGUCUGUUGUUGUUGGUGAACUUGGAAAUUGCAAGCCGCGGCGUAUUGCGUGGUCACACGACCUUGAAUAUGUUGCCUUGCUCCAAAAAUAUUCCAUGGUUAUGGCUGACAAGAGGCUUGUGAAGCGUUACUUUGUUAAAGAGUCAGUUGCCAUAAAAGGUGGAGCUUGGAAUGAGGAUGGCAUUUUCAUUUACACAACUAUGCUCCACCUUAAAUACUGGCUUCCAAAUGGGGAAAUUGGAAUCAUCAAGAGCCUAGAUGUUGCUCCUUUGUAUAUAACUAGGGUAUUUGGAAACACAGUUUUUGGGUUGAAUCGCAAAGCAAACAUUUGUUUGAUUACAUUCGAUUCAACUGAAUGUAAUUUAAAGCUGCCGCCGUUACAGAAGAGGUACGACAAGGCGAUUGACAUUAUCAUGAAGGCAAGAUUCUGUCCAGUGUCCAUGAUGAGACAUUUGCAGCAUGAUAAAGAUUUUUUAGCAUCUUGUUCGAAAUCUAUGUUAGAACAAAUGAUUCAUAAGCGGUCAAUUGUUGGUCCUACCCAAAAGGUAUGGAAUACUAAUGUGGACAUGUUAUUGUAUAAGGUUGGGGAAGAGAAGCUCCAAACAGGAUGUAUUAGUACGGCUGAAUAUGCAUUUCAGUUAACCAAUAACAUUGAGAAAUUGUCCUUCAUUUAUUUGAUAACUGGGAAGUUAGACACGAUAUCCAUAAUGCUGAAACAUGCCGGAGAGGAUGAGGAUGAUGUUAUGGUUCAGUUCCGUUAUGCCCUUCUCCUAGGUGAUGUUCGAGAACGUGUACAAAUUUUAAAGAGUGUGGGUCAUUUGCCCUUGGCCUGCUUUGCUGCAUGCCCAUGGACUUGA